UGAAAAGGUAAGCCUACAAAUCAACCUCUGCCCACAACAAGCACUCAAGCGUUCCGGCGCUGUGCGACAUGAUGCUGCGAGGAAAACAAUACACAAGCGAGCGUUCCGCUCAGAUCGGCAAAUAUCGAUUCAGGAGGGGUUCCUUUCUCGAUAAGCUUCAAUAAGCCGACUCCGAUCAAGGCAGUGCUAGCCCGAAAGCGACCGGUUGCUAAACAGAUGACCUCAGCUAAAACCGUUGAUCGGCUCGAGCCACAGAAAAAUGUUAUCAGUAACAAUAAACUAGUGAAAGAAAGCAAAACGAGGUCGCCACCGCUUGAAGAAACCAAGUCCGUUGGGAAACGGAAACGUAAGGAAACGGACUGUAUUGGGCCAGCAAAGUUGGCUACCGAAUCCAAAAGUUCCGUGAAAAGAAUUGAUAAGGACGAUUCACUGCAACAAAAGGCGAAGGCCUCCACGUUUAACUUUACCACGGAUACUGGCGCCAGAGUUCGCGCACGCAAACCUAACAUUUUCGAUCGCCUGAAAACCGACCUACCAAAGGUGGAGGUACCGAUGGUGCAGCCGAUGGAAGAGAACGUGUUUAGUGAGGAACCUAUCGAAGCGCUCGACAUACAUUCACACACGAAGAAGAACGUUAGCGAUCUGUUGCAUUACACGCACCUCACGAUGGUACAAAGCUUAGCCAUACCACGGUUGCUCGAGGGGCGUGAUGCAUUGAUUCGAGCGCAAACUGGGUCAGGAAAAACGUUGGCCUAUGCGAUACCGCUCGUUGAAGCACUUCAUUCACAGCGGCCGAAAACACGCCGCACCGACGGCAUCCUGGCCGUUGUGAUUGUGCCGACCCGCGAACUGGCACUGCAAACGUAUGAACUGCUGGUGAAGCUGCUAAAACCGUACACUUGGAUUGUGUCCGGUUAUCUGUGUGGGGGCGAAAAGCGCAAGGCGGAGAAGGCCCGUCUUCGCGCGGGUUUGAAUAUACUGAUCGGGACACCGGGCCGCUUUUGCGAUCAUAUUCGCAAUACGGAGUCUCUUAAGCUAACCGGAGUUCGGUGGUUAGUUUUGGACGAAGCCGAUCGGUUACUGGAGCUCGGCUACGAGAAGGACGUCAAAGAGAUUGUCUCGACGAUUCAACGUGUCGACGCUGAUCAGGCAACCGUUCGACCGGAGGGUGCACUGCAGACAGUGCUACUGUCUGCCACUUUAACCUCCUCGGUGAAAGAGCUCGCUGGGUUGACGCUGCACAACCCGGUAUACAUCGAAACGUGUAAUGCCAUUCGCCAACGGCAACGAACAGCUGGAGCAACAAGUGAUGGGGCUACCUUUGCCGACCAUCUGCUAAAUGUGGACGAAUGUGUUACGAUUCCUGCGACGGUGAAGCAACGCUAUUUGGUAGUACCGCCCAAGCUGCGACUGGUUACGCUCAGUGGCUUGAUAGCGCACGAGCAGCGCAAAAAGCCAUCCAAGGCUCUUGUGUUUAUGGCGACACAGGAUUUAGUCGAUUAUCACUUUGACAUUAUGGUGGAAGUGUUGACCACGAAGCGGCUUGACUCUGAUGAAGAACUGGACGACGAAGAAGACGAAGAUGCACGCCAGAUGGAAAGUGGUAGCGAUGGGGGCUCUGUGCUGCUGCCACGGUUGGCCUUUUUCAAGCUGCACGGACGCAUGACGCAGAUUGAGCGAAGUUCGGUGUUUCAGGCGUUCCGCAAAGCGAAAGCCGCCGUGCUUAUCUGUACGGAUGUGGCCUCACGCGGUAUCGAUGUGCCCUGCGUUGAUCUGGUGGUGCAGUACCAUGCGCCGCAAAUUCUUGCCGACUAUGUGCACCGAGUCGGGCGCACCGCCCGAGCAGGCCAGUCCGGUAAAGCAGUUCUUUGCGUCGAACCAUCCGAAGUGGAGUUCAUCAAAUACCUCGCCGACAAGCAGAUUCGGAUUCAGGAGGAAAAAAUCGACGGAAUUUUCGUAUGCCUUGGGCAGCUGCUCAACUGUGGGCAGAAACGUAUAGGCAAGAACAAGGAACAAGCCGCGAUUGAGCUGCAGUACCGUUUCGAGCAGUUGGUCGCCAAGGAAAAAGAACUGUUCACAAGUGCCAGCAAAGCGUUCGUGUCGUGGGUUCGCUACUAUUCCAACUUCCCGAAGGAGCUACGCCGUAUAUUCACGAUCCGGGCGAUCCACAUGGGCCACUACGCCAAGUGUCUGGGGUUGCGCGACCCACCAAAACAGUUCAUGAAGGCGCACACUGGCCCGAAGGAGCAAGAGGACGAGGAGCAGCAGAGAGUCCGGGCCCCCGGUAGAAGGUCCCACGGUGCCGAAGCUCGUCGGCGUCCGGCGGGCGGUGGACGGAACGGAAGGCCGGCAACUGAGACCGCCGGCCGGCCGCACCGAGAUCUGGCCGACUACGCCCGGCGCUCCCGGGUCCAGAAUACGUCCGAGUUCGACAGUGGCCUCGGUCCGGCCCGCAAAAAAGCGAAAAAAGUAGUGACAUAAUGUCCUUCGAGAGUCCUUCGCCAUGGCACGAACAACAGUAUACGGCAGCCGGACCGCGGGCAACACAAAAACAAACAAACGGGCAAUAAAACU